GCUGGAGAAGACUUUGCUAUUCCGUGGCUCGGUGUACGCAAUAGUGAAAAAGAUAAGUACCGAGAGCUAUUAAGCAAUCUCGAAGAUCGUUUGAGUCAAGCGCGCAGCUGGUUUGAGCAAUGCAAGGCUGAUCAUUCGUUAUGUGCACCAGAAAAGGGUGAAUGGCCACGUCGUGUACUCGAUCUCGCGACUAAUUCUAUCCGCCUUGUGGAUAGCGCAUCGAUUGCAUCAGCCUCACCACAACAUCAGGAAGGUUACGCUUGUCUCAGUUACGCAUGGGGCACGACCGGCUCUCUCAAGACGUUGAAAAGUAAUCUCGAGACCCAUAUGCAAGGCAUCGAUAUUUCGAUACUCCCUCGCACCCUCGCCGAUGCCAUUCACGUGUGCAAGGCUUUUGGCUUGCGAUACCUAUGGAUCGAUGCGCUAUGCAUAAUACAAGAUGAUAUACAAGACUGGAUGGACCAAAUUCCACGCAUGGCGUCCAUCUACCCAGGAGCUGAGCUGGUCAUCUCGGCACAAGGUGCAUCCAGCGUCCAAGAAGGAUUCCUGUCCCUCAGCCCUGCCGCGAAUGCACCACUCAAACGCAUUGAGGUACCCUUUCGCAUGCCAAACGGCACGUCUCGCACAGUUCAACUCUCCAUUCGCGAGCGAGAGGAACAAUACUGGAAUAAUCCAGCACAUCAUUCGUCACGCCCCACUAUAGACGAUGGUGUCGACAUCGACGAAGUUCUCACCCCCCUCACCACCCGCGCAUGGGUGUUCCAAGAGAGCUUUCUAGCG